UGCGUGCGACUCAUUUGAGAGGGGCUGAGGGAGGGGGUUUAUGAGAUGAGAGCUAGCUAGGUGCUCCAGAGAGAAAGAGAUGUUGAAACGCUAACUUCAUUUGCCCAUUCAGAGAAGGACAGACUGCUCUCGGGUUUACCAAUUCGGGCACGGAACGGAGUGGUAGCCUAUAGCCCGCAAUCCGACUCGGCAGCGGCGAGAGAGGCUUGAGGGGUGGAGAGAAAUGGGAUCAGCUUCUUCGGCGUACCGAGUAAUCUACCUGGACGUGGAUGGCAGAAUUCAGAAGGUGGUCUUCAGCAGAUUCUGCAGCCCGUAUGAUAUCAAGGAGUUAUUCUGUACCGCUCUAGGUCUUCCAAGAGAGAGUGUCCCUGCUUUGUCUGUUUUGGACAGGAACACCACCUUGUCUCUGCUGGAUUCCACGGGAGCCAUGGUGUCCAUCGACCCCACUAUGCCACACAACACCGAGAGGUCACCAUACAGAGUGGUGCCCCUGACUGGAGGACAGCUAGCUGAUAAAGAGGAACUCUUCCAGAAUGUAUUGACACAGGUGGCAGAGCAGUUUUCCAGAGCGUUUAAAAUCAACGAGCUGAAGACGGAGGUGACGAACCGCUUGGCCAUGUUGGAGAAGAGAGUGGAGUUGGAAGGGAUGAAGGUGGUGGAGAUAGAGAAGUGUCGCAGCGACAUCAAGAAGCUCCGGGAGGAGAUGGCCUCCCGGAACAACAGUCAUUUCCUGGAUGACAACAAGAAGCUGACACCGCGCAGAGAUGUGCCCUCUUACCCCAAAUACAUGCUCUCGCAGCAGACCAUAGAUGCCCUCAGAAAGCCUGCCUUUGGCCUCUGGCUGUGGGAGUCCAACGAGAUGCUGAGCUGCCUGGAGCACAUGUACCACGACUUGGACCUGGUCAAGGACUUCAACAUGAACCCCAUCACACUGAAGCGGUGGCUGCUUUGUAUCCAUGACAACUACAGGAUGAAUCCCUUUCAUAACUUCCGUCACUGUUUUUGUGUCACCCAGAUGAUGUACAGCAUGAUCUGCCUCUGCAGCCUACAGGAGACGUUCACCCAGGUGGACAUUCUGAUUCUGAUGACAGCUGCAGUGUGCCACGAUCUGGAUCACCCCGGAUACAACAACAUGUACCAGAUAAAUGCACGGACGGAGCUGGCAGUACGCUACAAUGACAUCUCCCCUCUGGAGAAUCACCACUGUGCCGUAGCCUUCCAGAUCUUCUCCCAGCCCGACUGCAACAUCUUCUCCACCUUCGACCCUGAGGCCUUCAAACAGAUACGCCAGGGAAUCAUCACACUGAUACUGGCCACAGACAUGGCACGACAUGGCGAGAUACUGGACUCCUUCAAGCAUAAAGUGGACAGCUUUGACUUCACUGAUGAAGAGCAUGUCACUUGUCUGAAGAUGGUGCUCAUUAAGUGCUGUGACAUUUCUAACGAGGUGCGACCCAUGGAGGUGGCUGAGCCCUGGGCGGACUGUCUGUUGGAGGAGUACUUCAUGCAGAGUGACAGGGAGAAGGCAGAGGGCCUGCCCGUGGCCCCCUUCAUGGACAGAGAGAAGGUCACCAAACCCACCGCUCAGAUCGGUUUCAUCAAGUUUGUCCUCAUCCCCAUGUUUGAGACCGUCAUGAAGCUGUUCCCUCAGAUUGAGGAUGUGAUGGUCCAGCCUCUGAGAGAGUCGCGAGACAGAUACGAAGAGCUCAAGCAGAUUGACGAUGCCAUGAAUGAGGUGCAGAAAAAGAAAAGUGAGAACUUGACUAUGGGGAAGAAGAAAUGAAAGCACAAAGUGGUAAAGGUUGAGUCAGCAUAGUCUGAGGAAUGGGACCAGAGGAAGAUGGAAACAGACCAAGCUACUUGACUGACUGGUUGGAUGGACAAUCCAAAAGCUUUUAUCAGGGAAUGUCGACUUGUACAGCAGACUACUUCAGUGAACAAUAUUUAGAUUUUCUCUUAUUGUUUUUUUAAAAUGUUGUUUUAUACAGAAUGUACAGAUUUUUAGUUGCCUUCGUUGUUUCCUACAAAAUAAAAGGUUUACUUUAAUUAUAA